UCUCAAUCUCAGAGUGGGUGGAACAAAGCUUGAUGCGCUUGUCACAGGCUAGGCACUUGAGGUCACCUGCUGCUUGUGCGGCCAAGCCUGCUGCUCCUUGUGCACCAAUCGCGCAAAGACAUCAAUGCAGGACUGCGGCAAGGUGGCAUGAUGUAGACCCGAAGCCUCUGCCACUCAUCAGUGCGGCUAUGCCAGAGAUUUGCAAGCCGACUUCUCCCCCGCCUUGAUGGCCUUCUACACCACCUUGGAUACUAAGCAGACUUGAUGGGAACCCAGCAUCAACUUCAAAAUCAACCAGCGCCCAUAGACAAACGCACGCGUCUGUGUGGGCUGUCCCGUUCCCAUCAAAAUGUAAUCAUCCUCAGCCCAAAUGGCCAAUGGUGAUGCCAGCCACCCAUCGUUGAAGUCGUGCAUCAGCACAGGUGGCAGCAACAGCAAUCGAGACUCGAUGACGAGGCAUGCUUGGUAGAGGCCCGACAUCUUCCAAACAUCCAGUGCAGCAGACGGAGUCCAGUCCUUCCUCUUGCUGAAGUUACAGGCUAUAGCCCGCAUCAAGCAUCAUACUUGCCAGGCCUCUAGUAGUGUGUUUUGAUGAUAGGUGCAGGUCCAAACUGAGAUGCACUGCUGUCAAAGGGAGGGCAUUCAACAUGUUGGUUAUGUGAAUGAGUCCUCAGUGAUCCUUGUGCCCACGUCACCAGAGCUGUCCUCUCCUUUUGGAUUCCCUGCUCUGCCGAUCAAAGAGCUGCCAAUCCAGAGGGGUGACAAGUUCUCCACAGAAACGAUUCUUUUGCGCGUGGCCAGAGCCGAUGCCAAUCGAUCUCAUGCUUUAUCCCUCUUUUUGGACAUAUGCCCGCGGAUGCCCAAGCAUGCAGAUGUAGCCCAGCGGCAAGGCAUGAUCUGAAGUCGAGUCCACCGUCCGGCCAUCCUCGACGACCUCGGCCGUUGAAACCGUGGGAUGCUGCUCAGUCCGUCCGGGUCCGUGGGAGUGCAGUGCUUGGAGUGGAGUUCGAGGUACAUCCAGAUACAUCCAGAUAGCGUCAGAGACCCAGUUUGGCCCACUGAAAUCUGAGCAUCUGCUUUUUUGAAGACCAGCCAGCGUGGUGUGUUUUGCCUGCAACCGCAUCGCGGCAGACUGCAGCCAACGCUGAGGUCGUCAAUCCACGCAUCAAUGUUGUCCGCGGGGUGGGCUUCAGCAACUUUGAGCAAGGGCGGCGCCAAAAUCAACUUGGGCACUUGGAGAGCUGCAGGCACUACUGCCAUGUGGACUGCCCUGGCCACGCAGAUUAUGUGAAGAAUAUGAUCACAGGAGCCUGCCAGAUGGAUGGUGGAAUCUUGGUGAUUUCUUCACCAGAUGGACCAAUGGCACAGACACGCGAGCACAUUCUGCUCUCCAAGCAGGUCGGCGUGCCCAAACUGGUUUGCUUCAUGAACAAGGUCGACAUGAUGGACGAUGAGGAGCUACUGGAGCUGGUGGAGUUGGAAACCCGUGAGAUGUUGAGCCAGUACGGCUUCCCAGGCGACGACACUCCAUUCGUUCAAGGAUCCGCCUUGCAGGCGCUGGAAGCCAUGAAGAGCAACCCUGGAACUAAGAAAGGUGAUGACAAGUGGGUGGACAAGAUCUUGGAGCUGAUGGAGACUGUGGAUGACUACAUCCCAACGCCAGAGCGUGACACUGACAAGCCCUUCCUCUUGGCCGUGGAGGAUGUGUUCUCCAUCUCUGGUCGAGGAACUGUGUGCACUGGCCGAGUUGAGCAGGGUAUCGUGAAGAAGGGCGAUGAGGUGGAGAUUUUGGGCCGCGGCAAGAAGCCUCAGAAGUCCGUGAUCACAGGCAUUCGAAUGUUCAACACCGACCUGCCUGAGGGCCCGGCUGGCUACACCGUCGGUGUGCUGUGCCGUGGUAUUGAGAAGGAUGCAGUCUUCCGAGGCCAGGUCAUUUGCGCCCCAGGUGCCACCAAGACUCACACCAAGUUCAAGGCCAACAUCUACUUUGCGAAGAAGGAUGAGGGUGGCCGCAACAACCCUGUGAUGCCAGGAUACAUGCCCGUCUUCUACUUCCGUACCUGCGAUGUGACCGGCAAGAUUGAAGCCAUGACCAGCUCUGAUGGCAACGAGGUGGCCAUGGCCAUGCCAGGUGACGAUGUGACCUGCGAAUGCGAGCUGAUCGCAUCGACGCCCAUUGAGAAGGGCAUGCGCUUCGCCAUGCGUGAGGGUGGCAAGACCAUUGGGCAGGGUCUGAUCACUGAGACCGUCUAAAAGGGCAGACGAUGGAGCUGAACGACAUGUCGAGGCGGAGGAUUGAUUCAAGCUAUAGGAAGCAAGCUGAUUCACCUUAAAAAGAGCAAGUAUAGAAUGUUGGUUG